CACUCGGCCGGCCUCAUCAUACUUUUUCCACCACUUUUUAGCAUCCAUCCACGGAUCUUGGCUGCAACAAUUAUGAGGUGUUUGCCCAAUGGUCAUCGUCUAUGUCGCUCACACUGUCUACAUUUGUUAAUUUGAAUUUUUGUGGCGACCUUUUAUUUCCCUUACUCCUUGUACAUUCACUAAUUGGAGCAGCUGAAAGGUCAGUCACACAGCUAAGCCCCGCCUCCAAGUUGGAGACCCGGGCGAGGGGAGGAGGGGAGGGGGCGGUGCGCCGGGUCAUGUGACAGCGCCGCCGCUGACGUGGCCUCCGGCGGACGUUUCACGUGUCCCUCGCUGUGCCCCGUCCACCGCCCUUGCUCCGCAGACCUAAUCCCAAGAUGGCGGCGCCCAGCGGAAGGAGGAACGGCGGCGGCGCCGCGAGCUUAUGGCCCGUUCUGCUCCUUGCAGCCAUGGGGCUGAGGCUGGCGGAGGCGGUGUCCGAGCCCACGACGGUGGCGUUCGACGUGCGGCCGGGCGGCGUCGUGCACUCCUUUACCCAGAGCGUGGGGCCGGGAGACAAAUACACUUGUGUGUUCACCUAUGCUUCUCAAGGAGGGACCAAUGAGAAGUGGCAGAUGAGUCUGGGGACCAGUGAAGACCACCAGCAUUUCACCUGCACCAUCUGGAGGCCCCAGGGCAAGUCCUACCUGUAUUUCACACAGUUCAAGGCGGAGGUGCGGGGCGCCGAGAUCGAGUACGGCAUGGCCUAUUCUAAAGCUGCAUUUGAGAGAGAGAGUGACGUUCCCCUGAAAAAUGAGGAAUUUGAAGUGACCAAAACAGCAGGUGUGUACCAAUGGAUUAUGGACACGGAACCCAGGUACUCAGGGAAGUAUCGCAUAGACCCGGGGCGUUCAAGGCUGAGCUGUCCAAGCUGGUGAUCGUGGCCAAGGCGUCCCACAGUGAGCUGUGACCGGCAGCUCCAUUAAGGGAGGCUUUCCCUCUGAAGGGGCUGGGCCCCUUGAGGGCCGGCGUUUAUAGGUUUUCUAGGGGGGACUGUUGGUUUUUUGCCCAGGCUGAUGUUGCCCUGCUCGGAGGGGUUCGCAGGGCGGCUGAGGCCCUUGAACAGAGUUCAGGGGGCCAGGAGGUUUAGGUUGUGCUGGGCCCCUCCCCCAGCCCCCAGGGUCCCUGGCCCCACUCCCCUCUCAACGUUCUGAACAGAGUGUGGGUCUGAACCCCACACCAUAGCUCAUCUUGCCAGGAAAGUCAUCAGCACAAGGUUGAGGGGAGGGGGCACCACAGCCUUUCUGAAGCCAUCAUCUCCCCGUGGCAUCAGGCCUGGCUCUGGAUGCUCUGGGGAGAGUGAUCCUGCUGUCUCCGACCCCAAGCUGGCUGUUUUCUUACAACUUCCCCACGGGACCACCUUUCAGACUAACUGGGAAGAAAUGAAAUGUUCUUUUGUAUUUAAAUAAAUAAGAUUUAAAAAGCAA